AUCUGUGGAACCAGUAUUGAUAAUUUUGACUUUGGUUAGAGGUCAUCCAGGUUAUUUACGUCAGAGGAGAGGAAAGCUGAAGGUGUUGAUUGCAGAGAUUUUUGCCGGUUUAAAAUUUUAAUUAAUUAACUCAAGAUGCCUGGAAAAUACAAGGUUGUAAUGAUUCGCCAUGGUGAAAGUGAAUGGAACAAGAAAAACCUAUUCUGUGGAUGGUUUGACUCUGACCUUAGUGACAAGGGACGUGAAGAAGCUAGUGCUGCUGGAAAAGCUUUGAAAUCUGAAGGCUAUGAAUUUGACAUUGCUUACACUUCGAUGCUGAAACGCGCUCAAAUCACUUUGAACACUAUCUUACAAGAGAUUGGCCAGACAGAUUUACCUAUUGAGAAGACCUGGCGCCUGAAUGAGAGGCACUACGGUGGACUUACUGGUCUUAACAAAGCUGAGACGGCUGCAAAGUAUGGUGAAGCCCAGAUCCACAUCUGGCGCCGUAGCUUCGAUGUCCCCCCACCACCAAUGGAGAAGGACCAUCCUUACUAUGAAACUAUUGUGAAUGAUCCCCGCUAUGCCGAGGAGCCGAAGAAGGAUGAGUUCCCCAGCCAUGAGAGCUUGAAACUGACCAUUGAGAGAGCUCUGCCCUACUGGAAUAAUGUUAUUGUACCUCAGAUCAAAGCUGGAAAGAGGAUCAUUAUCGCUGCCCACGGCAACAGCCUCAGGGGUAUUGUGAAGCAUUUAGAUGGUCUUAGUGACCAGGCCAUCAUGGAACUGAACCUCCCGACUGGUAUUCCCUUCGUCUAUGAAUUGGAUGAGGACAUGAAACCAGUUGAUUCCAUGGUCUUCCUUGGUGAUGAAGAAACUGUAAGGAAAGCAAUGGAAUCUGUUGCCAACCAGGGCAAAGCCAAGUAAAUUUAAGUUAAAUAAGUUAUUUAUUUUGUUAGUCAUUCAAAAUUAUGAUUCCUGUUGAGAUUGUUAUAUAGAAUCUAAUUUAUGUACUGAGUAUAUGGACAAUUUUAUUUCAAUUAUAAGAAAAAAUAUGCUAAGGAAUCUCUAAUGAAUGUUAAAAUUUAACAACAAAGCUCCAAGUCAAAGAGAUUCUUUUGGAUGUAUGCCAACAUACCGUCUAGUGGUUACCACUUUAAUAUUUAUCGUAGAAUGUUUGUGGGCUUACAAUAAAAACAUAUUUAAACAUUAUUUAUUUCUUUUAUUCCGGUAAACUUUCCUUCAAAUCUGCCAUUACUUCAUCCAUGUUGACAUCUUUAGAAGUUUUUGUGUCAUUUUUCGUGAAUUUCUUGCCGCAGUAUUUUGCAAAUGUCCUAUUUUUGCUUGUAGUUAGGACUACUUUCUUUUUCACGUCGCUUGAGGUCUCACCAUCGUGUUCCAUGGACUGGUCAUUACUGCCAGAACUCUGUUUUGAUUUGCCCUUCUUCUUGCCUUUGUGACAUGGUUUCGUAUCGAACCGAAAUUCUUUUGGUAACUUGUGUUCGUCGACGCAAUGUUGUAAUCUGUCAUUAGCGGUCAUGAACUUCUGUGGGCAUUCUUGUAUGUAGCAGGAAUACUGUGAAAUAAUAAUUUUACAAGAUUUAGUAACUAAAAUAACACAUA